CCGCGAGUUGGGUUUGCUUCGUUGCGACCGACAGUUUCUCUUCCUCAGCAACACUGAGCAACCCGCACCGGCAUAAUAGCUUAUCAUUUGUGUUACGAAUCAAGCUUGGAAAGAGACGGAAUAUUCUCACAUAUCGAGACGUGCGACGCAACGAAGACGAAGCCAAGGUCAAACAGCUCCAGAAACGAAACGAAACACCAAACACAAACAUACUCAGACGUCACCAUGCUGCGCAAGAAAGAAACCCUCACCAUCAUCACGCCGAUUCCCGGCUUCAUCCCCCGCCAGCUUGCCAUCGACCUCCUCCACUCCCACAGCGAGAUCAUCACCCUCAACCCGCUCGUAAUCUCGCACAAGCCUAUUCCAGCGCCUCGCAAUGCCGCCGCCGACGAGUACUACAGCACCUGGUAUGAGAUCACCGAGCGCAUCCAGUAUAUCCCCGGAAUGGGCAAGAUUGGCUCUGGCAAGCUCACCUUCAACGGCUGCUUCCACGAUAUGCCCUGGGGUAUGCAGUCACACAUCUAUAUCCCUCUUGGUGUCGACAUGAGGAAUCGUUACCGGGUCCAGGGCAACCAGCCAGGAAUUGAACCUCCCGAGCAGCCCGAGCUUGGCCUUGAGGAGUUGGGUGCACCCAAGGAGGGACUGUAUCUGCGCACCGACGUCGACCUCAAGUGCAACAUUACCAUGAUGGGCUUUGUCAAGGCCGAAUCGAGAAAGGCCAGUGUGGAGAUGGUUAACCGCAUGGUCAAGAAGGCAGAGCUGCUUGAUGCCGGCAUUCUUAAGGGCAUGUUUGAGGACGGAAAGCUCAAGACCAUUAACCCUGCCGAUCGAUCAAGCGUCGCGAACAAUCAGUUUCUGCGACAGCAAACCAUGGCCGCCGACAAUCAAUUCCCUCCUGGCCCUGCUCCUAUGAGUCCAGCUCCUCUUUACUCUCAACCUUACCAAUACCCUCCUCAGCAGCAGCAGCCGCAGCCAUCACCAACAUAUCAGUACGCGCGCCCGGGCACAAGCGGUUCUCAGUAUCCCCAGUCGCCGUACCAGAUGCAGCAAGCACAGGCCCAAGCGCAGACGCCUCCGCCACCUUUCCAGAACACCAACAACUACGCGCCUCCGAUACCGCCAAAGACAUCCAUGCAGACCAUCCCCAUGGAACUCCCAGGUGACUAUUAUCACCCGCAGCGAUCGCCAAGCCUGCACCAGUCCCAGCCGAGCCCCAACCUUGCCGCCAACAGCUACCGCAACUCGACCGCAUCACAGGUCUCUUACGACCCAAGAUGGUCUCACCCGCAGGCGAGCCCGUCGGUGCCCGACUCGCAGAGGAACAGCAUGAAUUCCCAGCACAGCGGGUACCCGGCGUCCCCCGGUCUUGCCCCUCAGGGUUUUACUGCCGAGUUAUCAGCGCACAACGAGACGGCCGAGGAGCAUAAGCACUAGCGGAAGCAAACUAAUCAUGACAAAAGCUUUUCUGUUUUUAUCACAUUCUUUUAUGGAGCCAAUGAUUGCGCGGGAUGGGUUGGAGUGCUGCAGGUGAUACACGGGUCAGGCGUUGAGGUGCAAACUUGGUUAUGUAGUUACGA